AUGACACUCCAAGGCUUUGACAAGAACGAGACCAAAGGAGUCGGCAAGGGCAAGACCGCUUGCCCAAUUGACGCAAAGCAGACCCUAGCCAUGUUCCUGCACGAAGUUCAGAAGCUGAAGACGUUCAUCCUAGCACACACGGAAGACCCGCAGAUGGACAUGAUAGUGGCUGCCUACCACUUCUGCUCCAAGCUGGAGUCAGCCGUCAACUUCGCAAGAGAGACCCUGCUGCGGGCACGCCUGCCCCAGGUGAACCCUCCGACAACAACAGGCGACCCCACUGCGGCCGGGCUCUUCGAGGACCCCCUACCCGGUCACGUGCACUGCAAGCUCAUCUCCGCCGUGAGUGGCAACUUACUCUCCACAGUCAACCUACGCGGUGGGGAGCCGUACAUGCCGCAGGUGCCCUUCGCCCGGCUCGGCGACGCGUUGCAUGCACCAGGAUUCCAGCUCCUAGACCAGAAACCGCACGGCGUGGACGUCGUGUUCCCUGGUCCGGGCUUGGCCCCGGACCCAGGGCAGGUGGAGCUCCAGCUGAUGGCCUUGAGUACGAAGAACGCGGCCACGAUGCGGAUCUACGUGGCACAGGAGCCCUGCGUGAUGAACAUCAAAGUAAGCGACAGCUCCGAU